CGAUUGUGGACAGGAUGUGGGCACCGGAGAGCUCAAUGGGGGCGUUGAGACCAGGGCUUCAUUGUUCCAGGGUUUCGACAAGCAGCGUGGGAAGCAUUCGGAUUGAAGACUGGAAUAAAGCUGGACUCAAUGACAACCUACUCCCCCUGAAUUCAUUACAGCUAUCAAAGAGCACCUGGCAAGCUUAUACCCAAGUGUUUCGUACAUGGAUGUCGUUUACGGGGUCACAUCUGCGCAGAGAUUUCGGCAAAAUCCUUCCUAUGUCGUAUGCAUCUUUAUAAUGGAGAUCAUAAGUAAGGGGCUAUGGCACUUGGGGUAGGUGAGUAUAAUGUGGUGCAAAAGGUCUCAAUCAAUUCCUUGUAUCUCCAGUAAUCCCUUUGCCUCAUUCUCCUCCGCUCUCGCAUUGAGAAAAAGUACACUCAGCCUUGCUGGUUAUCCGUGGGACUGCGUGCAAGCCAAAGAGUUCUGGGUUGUUUGGGAACCGGCUGAUUUGCGGAAUUAGAUGAACUUCCAAUACUCGCUGACGUCUAUCUACAACCAAUCGUCAUCUUGCACGAGUGCUGGCUUUAGAUUGAAUGGUAUUCUGUCUCACCUGGUUCCUUCUAAGCUUGUCUUUUCGAAUCAUUAGCUUGCAGUGAAGGAAUUCUCGAAGGUGGCGGUUAAGGUCAAGAGGCGGUGAACAUGGAUUGUUCGAUGGAAUUCAGGAGCCGUGAAAGCACAGGAACAGUUGCAGUUGGUCUUUGAAUUUGGAGACGCGAGGUCAUGCGAAUAAGUUGCGGCAUGCGGCUGUACCGAGGAGCUGGGAAAGAGCUGCACAGGGCGUGAAGAGGUUGAGGCUUCGGUGAGUAGAAUGUUGUCCAAGGUGUGAAGUUUGCGAAGGUGGCUGAGGUUGGGGAUGGUUUGAUCGAUCAUGAUGAUGGUGUGUGUACGCGAGAUGUUGGGUAAUGAAGCUCGUAUUUGUAGGCUGUGAGUUCUCGGGUGGACAUGGGAGACGUGGUGGUAAUAUUUAUGGUACGCGGAGGUUUGGGGGAGUAAGGCGGGGAGAAUUUGUGUGUUGAAUGAACGGGUUGAGGAAGAGUUCUGGGAGGGUGGGUCAUGCUAGCGGCAUGGCGCUGCGGUGGAGACGAGAGGAUUUCGAUUCUGUGAAGCACGACAAAUACUUUUCCGAGUGGAAGGUACUGGUGGCUCCGUCCGAUUGGAAGGAGCAAGCCGCAGGCCGAAAUGGAGGUGAUCGAUUCCGUUACCGCAAUCUGCCCAGCCCUCACGCAGGAGCUGGGAUUUAUGAGUUAGGAAUUACUCUUCCUGCCUGGAAGACAGAGGAUCUUCUCACUGAGACCGGUAGCCUUAAAUCUGAAGACAUCAUUGUUGUUUACGUUGGCCACGCUGAUCACAUCCGCAACAGACUGCAGCGUUAUGGGCAAGCUGGCGCACACCUUGAAGGAUUGAGGAGCUCGAAGACCAAUUCUGCACACGGUGAUGACAGACACACGAGCAACGAUGAGGAACCUAUAAUGAGUAAGCUGAAGUACAGAGUCGACGGCGACAGAUAUUCAAGCAUCAGUAUUAGCAGGAAAAGUACGACAGAGAAGCAAUUGAGCACCCCCAAUCGACACAUUCCCGUGGGAGGAUCUGUGUCUCCAGCCCAUUCCAGUGGAAGAGGAUCGCCGCGGGGGCCUCGUCUUUUUUCCGAGGUUUUCGCAUUGGGGUGCUCCAUAGCUUAUCGGUGGUCUUCGACUACGACGAUAGAGUUGGCUGAGUUCGUGGUAUCAGAACUUGCAGAUGCAUUUGAUUAUGCUUGGAAUCGGGGCAGGAACUCUGAGGUGCGGUCUCAAGACAUCAUUGAGAAGAUCGUGCUAGGAAAACGGCGUCACAGCACAUCGUGCUGUUCCAUUAAUAGUUCUAGAUGGGCUCGUCUCAUAUUCAAAAGAAAGUUAGUGGGCAUCAAAAUCUUGGGCGCGUACAAACCUGCAGAGGGCAGGACGCGGAGGAGGCCAGGCCAGAGAGGGGCAGGCCGCGGUCCUUUUCUGCUACUAAUAAAGAGUCCUCAUUUAAUGAUCUUGGGCGGGAAGUCUGUAAAGCACUGCGAAUUUACUAAAAUAAUCAUUCCCGUGGACAGGUGCGGGGUAAUGUUAGAAAAUGGUCUUGUGUGUAACGCUCUACCUCAGAUGGGACGGAAACGAUGUCUCGUGCACAUGGAUGUGAACAGGUCAAGGCAACUAAAGUCAUCUCAAGCUCAGGAUUUUAGAAGCGGAAGCUCAGGAAGUGACAAUCAUAGCGCUGAUUCAUACAAUAUGAAUUCCCACAGCACGCCGCGGAGAUCGGCGCCGGCUGCGCCAAGUUCGCCAUGUUUCCCCUCUCUAACUACGAGAAAGUCGCCCAAGAUUCCUGAAGAGACGAGAAAGAGAGGGAGUGUGUCUUUCAAUACCUGGUUGUGCAAAUCCGAGAUCCUGAGGGUGAAGAGCUUCGAGUGGCUGGUGGCUAUGGAGGAAAUCAAAGGCAGAGGCAAUGACAACUGCAGCACGUCGCCGAUUCUGAAGCCGGAUGUUCAGUCAUCUGAAACUAACUCUAAUGAACAGAUUGCUGUGCGAGUGAGCAGAGCAUCUCUCAAUCUCGCCCCAGUGGUAGAAACAGUACCUGAACAGGAUCCUGAAUUUGUUUUGUAUGCUCCAGAAGUAGACUGCGGUAUGCCAUGCAGGGUUGUGCCGCAAAGAUCAAAUACACGGUGGCCUCCAGCCCCCAUGCUAGACUCUUACGCUACGACCUAUAACCCCCCACAAUUUCCUAGAAUAAGCUUUACGUGACAACCCUGCAUAAAUAUUUCCAAUGACUCUUCUUACUGGGUUGCACACUGUCCGUGUACAGUUGGUCUAGUGGGUGGUCUCUGUAGCUGACGGAAACACCACUUGUAUCAUAUGUUGGCAUUUUUGAGUUUCAAUUGACUUCUUUCAGUCCCUUGAAGGUGUUAAUCGUGGAACGAGGAAAUCUCAUUUCUUCGAAUCCAAUAUUCCCCACU